GGUUGGCCCGAAUAGCAUUAGGCCUGCCCACGUCGCACAGUAAGUCCCGCCUCUGACUGCUGGGAAGCGGAAGUGAUAGAGAGCAGAUGGCUGUGGGCUAUGUGGAUUGUCACUGUCACAUGACAGCUGAGGAGUUCUCUCAGGACACCGAGGAGGUUAUUGAAGAAUCAAGAAAAGAAAUCCAAGCGCUCAUUUCUGUUACAGAACAUGGGGGAGAAUUUGAGAAACUUAUUUAUCUAUCAGACAGGUACCCUAAUUUCAUUAUGCCGUGUUUUGGGAUUCAUCCAAUUCAGAACACUGUUGAUGGGCAGCGCAGUGUGACCAUGAAGGAUCUGGAACCCACCCUUAUGCAGUUUGAGAAGUACAAAGAUAGACUGGUGGCUAUAGGAGAGAUUGGCUUGGAUUUCACUCCUUGGCUCGCACCCACCUCUGAACAACGAGAGGAGCAGCUUAAGGUUUUUCAGAUGCAGCUGGAAAUGGCAAAAAGAAUGGACCUGCCUGUAAAUGUACAUUCCCGCUCAGCUGGAAGGCAAACAGUCUCUUUCCUUAAGGAACAAGGUUCUGAGAAGGUACUGCUCCAUAAUUUUGCUGGUCGGCCGUCUACAGCCUUGGAAGGAGUGCAAGCUGGAUACUUUUUCUCAUUUCCCCCUGCUGUCAUAAGAAAUGAACAAAGAGCAAAACUAAUUAAGAAGAUCCCAUUGGAAAACAUUUGCUUGGAAACUGAUUCUCCAUCUCUUGGACCCAAAAAAGAGGAACGUAAUGUGCCAUCCAACAUAUGCCAUUCCUGUGAGUAUAUUGCUUCCAUUAAAGGACUUACAGCAGAGAGAGUUCGGGAAGUGACAACGCUCAAUGCCCUACGACUUUUCCCAAAAGUUUUCUGUAAUCUUCAGAAAUAAUUGUUGAUUACAAGUCAUGGCAUGUUAGACUAACUCACUCUAACCAAGGUGAGUACUGUGGAAUAAAUAUACAUGACUAUGUAGCAGCGGCAUUCUGACACAUAUCCCCCGAAUGCUGGGUGUUCCUAAGAGACUGUGAAAAAGGAGCAAUAAUGAUAAGUAAUGACAAAGGCAACAAUGGUAGGAAAGUACAGUGUGUUUGCUGCCCAUGUCAUUUUAAUGCUUGAUAUGGAAGUGAGCCUGCUGGUGGGGCAGGGAGAUAGUGAAUUCAAUAUAAAAUUCAUUUUUUGUUAGUCUUGUCAACAUGUUUAAAGUAUGCUGUCAUUUCUAAAGAUUUUUUUUCCACUUUUUACUUUUGCUAUUGGUUACUUGGCUGGUCAGUGGUUAGCCCUAUUAGGAAGCGCAGUGUGCAA